AUGUUGGAAAAAGACCAAGUACUAGCCAUUUCUCGUAACCGAGCUGGGGAAACCGGGUUACAUCUUUUGGCUCGCAAGCCUUCGGUUUUCGGACACCGAAAACAUCUCAAUUUCUUUCAGUGGUUAGGGAAUUCAAUGUUUGAAGGGAUGUUUCGUGAAGCUAAAAUGAGAAGUUCAGCCCCACAAGUUGGUGGAGAAUAUAUGGAACUUGGUUAUUCAAAAAUCUGA